AAAAAGAAAAUUAAAAAAAUUGAGACUUUGAGAGAAAGAGUGAAGAAGAGAGGCGUAAAAGGAGAGUCUUUUCGUAUUUUCGUUGAUUGGUUUCUUUGUUAUCCAGUCUUCUUCGAUUCCUUCCCCCUUCCCUCCAACACGUUGUCACUGUUUCUCUUUCCCCAGAUCUCUCCCGGGUUUCCUGCGAUUUCUCGGCGGUUUUCCGUUUCUGAGCCCUAAACGCCGAUUCUACAACUAUUUGUCAUAAUUCAUCUCUUAAUAUUUUUUUGUCGGGACAUAUUAAUUCAAAUCCCAUAUUCAAAACAAAAAGUUUUGUUUUCUCUGUAAAUUGGUUGGAUUAAUUUGUUUGUAAUUAGUAGCAACUAGGAAAUCAUUUGUUAAAGUGGAUUCAAGUUCGACCUGUAAAUUGAUCGUAGUUUGAAUUUGGGCUCUCCGGUGUUGAAACAAGGAAACAAAUUCGGAGCAUUAUUCCUUCUAUUUGUUUCCACAAAACCAGUUUUCAGCUUCGUCUUAGCUUCUUGUUUUUAUCAAAAGAGGGAAAAAUUGGAGGUGCAACACGACGAAGAUUCAAAACGAAUUUUGUCUUGCUUGGAGUGUUGAACUUUGGGGGUUAAUUGAUAUUUGUAUCUUUUCGCCGAGUUGAAGGUCUCAGAGAUGGAGACAGUUGUGACAUGAGAUAUUGUGAGUUGGUGAUGUAAUUUUCUUCACGGUGGCUUAAAAAAGGAAUAGCCUGGGUUAUGAUCGAAGUUGUAUUUGAAGAAUCGGUGAUUGUUCUGCUUUAGUCAGCUUCUAUUUUUCACUUAUUUGGUUCUGGGAAUGAGGAAAGAUGACCAGAAACUACAUCAGGGAGGUGCAAUGCCUCGGUCAGGACGAACCAAUGGAUUAAUUCCGAGCUCAUUCCGUGCUCUUUCAAGCUACCUGAGGGUCGUUUCCUCUGGUGCUUCCACCGUUGCGCGGUCCGCAGCAUCGGUUGCUUCUUCGAUUCUUGAUAGGGAUAAUGACGCUGACCAGGAUCAGGUUAUCUGGGCUGGGUAUGACAAGUUAGAGGCGGAGGGAGAUGUCAUCCGGCAAGUUCUUCUUCUAGGCUAUCGAACUGGGUUCCAGGUUUGGGAUGUUGAAGAUUCCAAAAAUGUGCGAGUCCUAGUUUCCAGACAUGAUGGUCCUGUUUCUUUUAUGCAAAUGCUAUCAAAACCAAUUGCAUCAAAGAAAUCAGAAGAUAAGUUUGCGGACAGCCGUCCACUGUUGGUUGUUUGUACUGAUGGAAUUUAUGCUGGAGGCAGUAACAAUCAGGAUGGUUUUGUCUCUCCUUGCAAUGGGAGCACUUUAAACUGCCAUGACCAAGCAAAUGGCAUUUAUCUGCCAACUACUGUUCGGUUUUAUUCUUUGAGAUCCCAAUCAUAUGUACAUGUAUUAAAGUUCAGAUCAGCUAUUUACUCUGUUAGGUGCAGUUCUCGUGUUGUUGCUGUUGCUCAAUCCACUCAGAUACACUGCUUAAAUGCCACUACAUUAGAAAGGGAAUAUACUCUGCUUACCAAUCCAAUUGUCAUGAGCUGCCCUGUUUCCGGAGGUAUAGGCUAUGGACCACUGUCAGUGGGUCCUAGAUGGCUGGCUUAUAGUGGAAGCCCGGUUGUAGUCUCAAAUUCUGGUCGUGUCAAUCCUCAACAUAUGACACCUUCUGCAAGCUUUCCUGGUUUUUCUUCGAAUGGGAGCUUGGUUGCUCACUAUGCCACCGAGUCCAGCAAGCAACUUGCUGCCGGGAUAGUCACACUUGGAGAUAUAGGGUAUAAGAAGCUUUCUAGAUAUUGCUCUGAGCAACGACCUGAUGGCAAUGAUUCUUCACCAUCUGUAAACUCCAGCUGGAAGGGCAAUGGAAUCAGUAAUGGCCAUUUGGGGGAUUUGGAAAAUAUUGGAAUGGUCAUUGUCAGAGACAUUGUCAAUAAAAGCGUUGUUGCUCAAUUCCGAGCCCACAAAGGUCCUAUUUCAGCCUUAUGCUUUGAUCCUAGCGGCACUAUUUUAGUGACUGCAUCAGUUCAGGGGCAUAAUAUUAAUGUAUUUAAGAUAAUACCUGGACACUCCGACAGUUGGGCAUCUGAUGGCAGCCCUACCUAUGUUCAUCUUUACAGGCUACAACGUGGCUUUACAAAUGCAGUAAUUCAAGAUAUCAGUUUCAGUGAUGACAGUAACUGGGUUAUGAUUAGUUCCUCAAGGGGUACUAGCCAUUUGUUUGCCAUAAAUCCUAUUGGAGGAUCUGUAAAUAUUCAGUCCUAUGAUGCGAGUUUUACAUCAAAAAAUGGUGGAUUGGCUGUUAUGAAUGACCCAGCAGUUUGGUGGCCUCCUAAUUCAAGUUUACAAAUUCCUAAACAAGGUCUGUGUGCAACUGGGCAGCCAAUCACACUUUCUGUUGUAUGCAGAAUUAGGAAUGGAAAUAACGGCUGGAGAAGCACUGUAAGUGGUGCAGCCGCUGCUGCAACAGGUAGGACAAGCUUCCGGUCUGGAGUUAUUGCUUCGUCUUUUUGUGACAGCAAAGGGAGUGCCUUGCAUGUAGAUGGGAACUAUUUUAAGACAAAAUAUCACCUGUUGGUUUUUUCAUCCACUGGUUCUAUGAUACAAUAUGCACUGGGCACAGCAAUGGGUCAAGAUUCAGUAGUUUCUGGAUUAACACAGGCACAUGAAUCUGCAUUAGAGGCUGACACAAGAUUGGUUGUUGAGGCUAUUCAGAAAUGGAAUAUAUGCCAGAGGCACAAUCGAAGAGAACGGGAAGAUAAUGUAGACAUAUAUGGUGAAAAUGGAACUUCAGAUAGCAAUAAAAUAUAUCCUGUAGAGAUGAGGGAUGACAAUAUCAAUAACCCGAAACUCAAUAAUGUAAUCAUGAAAGUGAAUUCUCAUCCUAAGGAAGAGCAACAUCAUUUGUAUUUUUCAGAAACAGAACUUCAGACCCACCAAGCGCAAACUCCAGUGUGGGCAAAGCGAGAGAUAUAUUUUCAUUCAAUGGUGAAAGAGGAAGGCAUAUUGAGUGAAGAAACUGCUUCAGAAGGGGAAAUUGAGAUUGAAAGAAUUCCAACGCAUGUAGUUGAAGCUAGGGCCAAGGACUUGGUGCCAAUUUCCGACUAUCUUCAGCCACACAAUUUCCAACAAACAAGGACUCCUACUGUAAAUAGUGAAGUAAAUGAGCCCCAUUUACAUCUGAAUUGUGGGAUUCAUGGAAAAGACACAAUUUCAGAGAGAAGUAACUCAGACUCUGCUGACUCUGACUGGAUGACAAAUUAUGGUGGUAUUGUACACAAGAUAGACGGCGAGGUUGGAAGGGCAGAGUGGAAUGAUCAUCUGGGAUCACCAGAAACUAACGGCUUUGUAAAUAAGAAUGACAAUGACAACCUUGAAGCCAAUACACGCCAUGAGGUUGUAAAUAAUAAAGAGCACUCAAACAUGGAGGCUCAACUCAUGCCUGUAAAUAGUGACAAAGAAGGCUUGAAAAUGGAGAAUCACUUUGAAGACAAUUUGAAGUAAAGGGAAUACUUUGGUUUCUGAUUUAGAUGUUUCUUACAUGGUAAGUUUCUUGAGAUGAUUGAACUGUGUUUUCUUGAAACAAUCGAUCAAGUGGAAUUGCCAAGUUGAUAAAUAGGUACUAAAAAAAGAAUGUUGCACUGGAUGUACUUUCUUCUUUGUUCUAAACUAAUGUAGAUGUUAUGCUCAGUUAAUAACAAGCUUGUCUAUUUUCUAAUUUAUUUCGCUCAGGUAUGGGAAUAUUCUUUUUAUUGCAAACGGGAAGCUUAAAUUACAGUGUUAUUAGAAAUUGUUGGAUCGGCAGAGAAACUUGAGGGUGAAGGCCUGACUGAGUACAAUGCUAAGUUAUGGAUGCUGCUAUAUGUUAGAUUUCUUCUGUCAAACUUGUACAUAACAGACAGAUCUGUAAUGUGUACAUAUAAUGGAAUUACUUUUAAUGUGUUUUGGCCACUCUUUUUUAUGCUGGGAUUGUGCAUUUGAGCUUUUCUCAUCAAUUAUUUAUGAAAAAGUCUUUGGAAUGGGGGAUCAA